AAAUUGGAAGUGGAAAUAAAAACUAUGUAAAAAGAAUUCCAAAACUGACUUAGAUUUUGGACUUGGCUUAAGAUCUUCAUCGAUAGAUUUAUUUUAUGUCACAGACUCUUGAAUAGUUUGAUAGUCGCAGCAUCUAUACUCAAUGUCAGAUUUCAGCUCAUCUUCCGCAAGCGGCUCCAGCUCGUCUGAUGAUGAUGAAGAUAAUGUUGGAGAUACAUCAGGAUCAGAUGAUAGUAGUAGUGAUGAUAGUGAUGGAAAGAUGGAUGAAGAUUCAAAACAAGAUUUGCAACAAUCAUGGAUGUUGCCAAAGAGAUCAAUAACUGAGAAGAAUAUUGAAGAAGAGAAUGCCAACUCUCAAAAUACAUCAAAUGACAUUAGCAAAAAUGCCACCAACACAUCAGGAUCUGAAGACGUGUCUGUUGAUGAUAACAAAUCUUCAUCCAAUUCUGGGUCUGAAGAUGAAAGCAAAGGCGGUUUUCCACGGAAACACAUCAAAGAAGAUCUGAGAACGUUAUGGGAGUCUAAUCCACAAAUCUAUGGAGUGAGACGAUCAUCUCGUGCUAGAAAAGAACCCCAGAGGCUGACAGUGCUUCAGGAAUCUGAUGAUUCUGAUGGUAAUAGAAAAAGAAAAAAAGAAAAUAAAAAGGGAACAAAACAUGGAGCAAGUGAUUAUACUGCUACUUUGACGGAAUCUGAGAGUGAAGAAAGUACGAGUGGAUUCGAUUCUCCUCCUGCACAUCAUCGAAGAAACAAGUCUAAAAAUGGACAGAGUGGCCGACAAAAAUCUUCUAAUCGCCCAUCAAGAUUAUCACAGAUGAGAGCAAAACUUGAAGGACGGAAAAAAGGAAAUUCCAAACGAAAUAAAGGUCGAAGGCAAUGUGAUAUGUCUGAAGAAUCAACGUCCGAUGAUGAGGAGAGGCCCCAGCGUUCAUCUACGAGAAUUCAAAAAGCUAAGAUAAGUUAUAAAGAGGAAUCUCAAGAUGAAACGGACAGUGAUGACGUUGUUGAAGUUGUUGAAAAAGAAGACGAAUACUUGAAUAGUGAAUGUAUAGAAAGGAUUAUUGAUUGCAGGGUGGGAAAGCCGUCAGCGACUGGUGGUCCAACAACAUCAUAUGCCACAGAAGCGGAUGGUGAUCCUAACGCUGGUUUCAAUCCUGAAAAUGGAGAUUGAGAACAACAAUAUUUAAUAAAAUGGAAAGGUUGGUCACAUCUCCACAACACAUGGGAAUCUGAGAAAAGCCUCCAGGAUCAGAAAGUUAGAGGCUUUAAAAAAUUUGAAAAUUUUAUUAAAAAGAAGGAAGAGUUGGAUGCGUGGUUGCGUGUUGCUUCACCUGAAGAUGCAGAGUACUUUCUUUGUCAACAAGAACUUGGUCGAGACCUGUCAACAACAUAUCAACAGGUUGAAAGAGUUAUUGCAAAAUCCAGAGUCAAAAACAGAUUUGGAUUUUGGGAUUAUCAAAUUAAAUGGAAGGGAUUGCCAUAUGGAGAAUGCACUUGGGAAGAUGGUGAAUUAAUCGGUCGUUCGUUUCAAGAUAAAAUAGAUAAGUUUGAAGUUCGGCAGGAUAAUGUUAAUGUUCCAAGAAGGGAUGCAAAGAAGCGUUCUCAUGUUAAAUUUAUUCCAAUGAAACAAACUUCACAUUGGUUAGAAGAUCUGGAUAACUUGCAACUACGGGAUUAUCAGAUGGAUGGAGUCAAUUGGCUUGCUCAUUCGUGGUGCAGAAACAACAGCGUGAUUUUAGCCGAUGAAAUGGGGCUUGGAAAAACAAUCCAGAGUAUUACAUUUUUUUCUUACCUAUAUCAUAUAUAUGAUGUAUAUGGACCAUUCUUGAUUAUAGUGCCUCUUUCAACCAUUGCUGCCUGGCAAAAAGAAUUUCAAUUAUGGGCUUCCUUUAUGAAUAUUAUUGUAUUUGUCGGUGAUGCAAUAAGUCGCAAUACAAUCAGGGAUGUUGAAUGGGUCUUUCCAAACAAAAAAUUAAAAUUCAACGUAGUUUUAACUACGUAUGAAAUUUUAUUGAAAGAAAAAGUUUUUCUUGGUUCUCACACAUGGGCUGUAAUUGCUGUUGAUGAAGCUCAUCGAUUAAAAAAUGAAGACUCCUUACUGUACAGAUCUUUAAUUGAAUUCAAGUCACACCAUAGAUUGUUAAUUACCGGAACUCCCCUGCAAAAUUCACUGAAAGAACUUUGGUCGCUACUGCACUUUAUUAUGCCAGAAAAAUUUGAUUCUUGGACUGAUUUUGAGGAUAGACACAGUAAUGAGAGAGAAACUGGUUACACAUCAUUACAUGGUAUAUUGCAACCUUUUCUACUUCGACGGGUAAAAAAAGACGUCGAAAAGUCACUGCCUGCCAAAGUGGAACGUAUACUACGAGUCGAAAUGUCAUCAAUCCAGAAACAGUACUACAGGUGGAUCCUGACUAAAAACUAUCGUGAACUAAUGAAAGGUGCCAAAGCCAGAGUUGCUUCUUUCUGUAAUAUUGUGAUGGAGCUAAAGAAAUGUUGUAAUCAUGCUUUCCUGACAAAAUCUGUAGAAAAAGAACCAGCAAAUAAUGAAGAAAAAUUACAGUCUCUAAUCAAAAGCAGUGGAAAAAUGAUUCUGCUGGAUAAAUUAUUAACAAGACUUCGAGAAGAUGGUCAUCGUGUUCUCAUCUUUUCACAAAUGGUUCGAAUGCUCGAUCUUUUACAAGAAUAUCUCAUUCUCAAUCGACUGACGUUUCAGAGAUUGGAUGGAUCGAUUAAAGGCGAGGUUCGCCGACAAGCCCUCGAACAUUUUAACGCACCAGGAUCAGAAGAUUUCUGUUUCUUAUUAUCAACCCGAGCUGGAGGUCUCGGAAUUAAUCUCGCCUCUGCAGACACUGUGAUCAUCUUCGACAGUGAUUGGAAUCCACAAAAUGACCUUCAAGCUCAAGCUAGAGCUCACAGGAUCGGACAGAAGAAUCAGGUUAAUAUUUAUCGAUUGGUUUGUGUUGGAAGUGUGGAAGAAGAUAUUAUUGAAAGAGCAAAACGGAAAAUGGUUCUAGAUCACCUUGUUAUUCAACGUAUGGAUACGUCUGGAAAGACUGUUUUAUCUAAAAACAAUGCUCCUUCUGCCAGUACUGGGAACCCAUUCAACAAAGAUGAACUCAGCGCCAUUCUUAAGUUUGGGGCGGAAGAUAUUUUUAAGGAAGUGGAAGGUGAAGAAAAAGAACCAGAAUGCGAUAUUGAUGAAAUAUUACGACGAGCCGAAACAACGGAGGAACAAACUGAAUCUGGUGCUGGAGAUGAACUUCUAUCUGCGUUUAAAUUUGCUACAUUCACGAUAGACGAAGAUGAAGAUGCCACUCCGACUUCCACUGUUCGUAACGAGGAUGAAGACAGUAGGGAUGGAUUAAAGGAAUGGGAUGAUAUUAUCCCUGAAUCGGACAGAAAAAUAAUUGAAGAGGAAGAGCGAAGGAAACAGGAAGCUGAACUUUACCUUCCUCCGAGAGCAAGAAAAUCUUUACGAAUACACAAUGGUGGAAGUGACAGUGAUGCAGGAUCAGAAGAUUCAGAUGACGAUGCAUCGGAUGACGAUGAUGCAGAAGAGAAUAAUGAUGCAAGUAGUAAGAAGAAAGGUAGAACGAGAAGACAGAAAGAUGAGUUUUCUGGAUUCACGAGCACAGAAGUCCGUAAAUUCGUAAAAAGUUUCAGGAAAUUUGGAGAUCCACUUGAUAGGUUGGAUUCAAUUGCACGAGAUGCUGAAUUAACCGUCCAAUCAGAAGCCGACUUAAAAAGACUUGGAGUUCAGCUUGAUAAUCAACUGAGAGAUUUAUUACAAGCUUAUAAUAAAAGCCUUCUUCAAAAUCUGGAAGUCGAUCAACCCACUCAACAGAACUCUAAGCGAGGACCUUCAUUUCGUAUCGGCGGUGCAUCAGUAUCUGUAAAAACAACAAUGGCGUGUAUCGAAGAAUUACAACCAUUAGUGGAAGUUAUGUCAAAAGUUGCAGAGGAAAGAAAAAAUUUCAGGUUAACUAUUCCAGUCAAACCGAUUCGUGGAUGGGAUUGUGAAUGGACAUCAGAAGAUGACUCAAAUUUAUUAAUUGGUAUUUAUGAGUAUGGAAUGGGUAGUUGGGAACAAAUUCAAUCAGAUACUUCACUACAAUUAUCUAGAAAGAUACUGCGGCCGAAUAAUGAGAAACCACAAGCCAAACAAUUACAAAGUCGAGUGGAAUAUUUGAUGAAAUUAUUGAGGAAAACUAAAGAACUUGGAAGAGCUCCCACAGGAAUUACAUCAGUAUCAAACUCAGCUCUAUCAGCUGCAGCAUCCAGGGUUGCCAGAAAAGUAAGACAAGGAAAGAAGGUUGAUGUGAAUUCAAAAAAUGAUGAUAUGGCAUCAUCGAAGAAACGAAGUCGUAAAAUAAAGUCAAAAGCCAGAGUGGAAAUAAACGAUGAUAGUGAUGCGGAACCUGGAUCUUUAUCAACUCCAAUGGUGAAUACAACAACCUCGGCAACAAAGAAAGAUUCAAGUUCACGAAAAAUGCAAAAGAAACCUAAAUCAAAUGCAAAAAAUUCUGAUAAUACAAAAGAAAAUCACUCAAAUCAAAAUACAGUGAAUAAUAAAAAUAGUACAGAGACCAAAAAUCGUAAAAUAAAGAGAAAACACAAAACGAAAGAGAACGAGAAAUUGAAAGAAGAAAUUGGAAACACUCAUUCAAACGAUAAAAAAAAAUCAGAAAAACAGAAAACGGAACGAAAAGCAUCUGAUGGACCAGUACAUAUCACUGCUGCUGCAGAUCCAGUGCCAAUAGCUGAAGAUGAGUUUUCAGGUGAACUCGAUCUCGAUACAUUCAAAGAUUGCAAGGAACGUAUGAGGCCUGUUAAAAAGGCUUUAAAACUAUUAGAUAAGCCGCCAUCUGGUACAAACAAUGAUGAGAAAGCUCAGGCUGAACAUAUGAAGAAUUGUAUUUUGAAAAUUGGUGAUCGAGUUCUCGAAUGUUUGAAGGAGUGUCAUGGUGAUCUAGUGGCAAUUAAGACGUGGAGACGAAAUUUGUGGAUAUUUGUUUCAAAAUUCACUGAAUUCAAUGCGCAACGAUUACAUAAAGUUUAUAAAAGAGCUUCUCGGAAAAGAGAGCAGGAACGUGACAAAAAUAAGGUAAAGCAUUCUCAUCUUGGAUCUGGUGAUCACUCAACUCAUCGAAAUACUUCUGAUUCAAAAUUUGAGAAAAAUUCAAAUUCGUCAUCCCGUAAGAAUGUUGCGGGGAAGAAAAGAAAUCAUUCACCGAAUAAAAACAGAGGCGGUGCAGGUGACGGACCGACGUCUGCUCCAAAACGUUCUUUUAAUACUUCUGAAUCCAGGCAUAAAGAAAGGGUUCCUCCACAUCCAGCAAAUAGAAAAGGUGAAAACUUUCAUGAAAGACCUGAUGAUAGAGUUGGGAGAGAAUCACCGGGAGGUCAUUCACGAUACCAUGGACAGGGUCAUCCCAGAAAUCUGUCACGCGACGAUCGUCGUUUCGGCGACGAAGAUUUUAGAUUUUCUCAUAGCGGUGAUUCUCGACGGCCGGACCGCAGUUGGCCAGGCGAAGUUUACCGAUACCAUCGAGAAGAAGAAUUUAGGCGACAAGGAUAUGAACAUAGAUCAAUGUACGAACAACAACCGCGAGUGCCUAGAGAUGAUAGAGCAUAUCACAGGUCUUCUUAUGGAGAACGUGUGUGGCCGGACUCCAGGCAUGGAGAAUGGGAUGACCGGUACUAUCCUAACUCUGAUAGAGUGGGUUCUCCUUAUCGCCAUCACCCAAGAAGAAGCAGAAGUCCUCCGCAUCAAAGUCGUCAAUAUUAUAAUGUUGGCCGAGCACCAGGACCUAGUAGGCAUUCUCCUGGACAUGUUCAAGAUGCAAUUUCCCCAAAUAAACAAACUGAUUCCACAAAUGAUGUUACAUAGAAUUGCAGCCCAGUCGGAAAUUAGUAGAACAACACCACCUGAUUCAAUUAUCCAAUCUUAUAGGUUAAAUAAAAACUGAGAUGGAUUCAAGAAUAGCAAUCAAUUCUGACGUGAGCUUUGAUGUGGAAAUUUAUUGCUGCAUGACGAAUUUCAUUUGUCAGUAUGUGGGAUAAAAUCUGCAUAUAUAUAUCCCAAGAAAGAGGAAACCCAAUAAUACUGCAUACUCUUUAUGGCGAACCGUGACUCAUUGUACAAUUGCCAGUCUUAUGUUGGAUAUGGAAAUAGUUAUCCUGUUGCUUCAGAUGCAUGGACUUGUUUGAAUAACAAGAUGGUGCGUCCUAAAUGCCCCUGUGCCUUUGAAUAAUAGAUUUUGAUUUGAAUGAUUCUUGCAGCAAUGCACAAUAUUGAGUAACAAUGUCUUUCAAGGAAGGGUUUUUAUAACUCUCCCUUCAUGAUUCGCACCCUGCCUCUCUCAGGAAAGUCCUCUUUGCUGUACUAAGGGUGGACAAAACAAGUUUCCGACUGGGUCGUGUGGUGUUGAAAGUUCAAUUUUUACUGCUCUCGAAAUAACAUUCGAUGCUGCAUCACUGUCACAGGAUUCGUGCGAUUUUGUAUGCCUUAAAAUAUAAGUUGUUGACAUUAUGUCUUAUUAAG